AUGCCAAAAUGCUCUCGCCGCACCACCGUCACCGUCGCCAAUUUACUCCUCAGUCGGUCGAGCUCUGCAUUCCAUCAAUUGCUUUCCUGUAAGUCCCCUUCCCUUGCUUUGCAGCUGCACUUCUCAGUCGCCACUCUCCAAUCAAAUUCCCACAAGGACGACGGACGCCACAACGACUGCAAUGGUAAACGUCAAGAUGGAAACGAAACCGAACUUCCGAUUCAUCACAAGAUAUUCAAGUCCCCUGCCAAGAUGGGUUCCUACCAGUCGGGCGACUCCUCUUUCUAUUCGCUCAUCGAGACCUACGCCAAUAAUUGCGAUUUCGAGUCGCUGGAGAAGGUUCUGGGUCGAAUGAAGAGGGAAAACAGGGUGUUUCUGGAAAAAAGCUUCAUUCUUGUGUUCAGGGCUUAUGGGAAAGCUGGCUUCCCUGGGAAAGCCCUGGAGUUAUUUGAUAGAAUGGCGGACGAAUUUCAGUGUAAGCGUACUGUGAAGUCGUUUAACUCUGUUCUGAACGUUGUUAUACAUGCGGGUCUUUUCCGCCAGGCUCUGGAGUUUUAUGAUCAUGUUGUUAGUUCAAAACAUGUCAACAUCUCGCCUAAUGUGUUGUCUUUCAAUUUGAUCAUCAAGGCUUUGUGUAAGCUUGGACUGGUCGAUAAGGCGAUCCAAGUGUUUAGGGAUAUGCCGGUUAGGCAAUGUGACCCAGAUGUGUACACUUAUUGCACACUGAUGGAUGGGCUUUGCAAGGAGGAUAGAAUUGAUGAAGCGGUUUCACUAUUAGAUGAGAUGCAAGUUGAGGGCUGUUUUCCUAAUCCUCCCACUUUCAAUGUGUUGAUUAAUGGGUUAUGCAAGAAGGGAGAUUUGGCACGGGCGGGAAAGCUAGUUGACAACAUGUUUUUUAAAGGGUGUGUUCCUAGCGAGGUGACUUAUAACACACUUAUUCAUGGGUUGUGUCUUAAAGGGAAGUUGGAUAAGGCAGUAAGUCUUUUGGAUCGAAUGGUCUCUAGUAAAUGUGUCCCCAAUGAGGUCACUUAUGGUACAGUAAUUAAUGGACUGGUUAAGCAAGGAAAGGCACUUGAAGGGGUUCAAGUGUUAGUUUCAUUGGAACACAGAGGGCAUAGUGUGAAUGAGUAUGUUUUCUCAACUUUGAUCAGUGGGUUGUUCAAAGAGGGCAAGCCUGAAGACGGGAUGAAGCUGUUUAAGGGAAUGAUAGAAAAGCGAUGUAAACUUAACACUGUUGUAUAUAGCGUUGUCAUAGACGGUUUGUGUAAAGAUGGAAAGGCGGAUGAAGCCUUAGAAAUUCUUUCUGAAAUGGAGAAUAAGGGUAUUGUGCCCAAUGCCUUCACUUACAGCUCUUUGAUGAAGGGGUUCUUUGAGAUAGGCAAAUCCCAUAAAGCCAUUGAAGUGUGGAAAGCUAUGGCAAAGGAAAAAUGUGUUGAGAAUGAUAUUUGCUAUAGUGUAGUGAUUGAUGGCCUAUGCAAGACUGGGAGUAUUGAAGAGGCAAUGAUUGUGUGGACACAGAUGUUGCACAAAGGAUGUAAGCCUGAUGUCAUCACAUAUAGUUCAAUGAUUCAUGGCCUUUGCUGCUCUGGCUCUUUGGAAGAUGCUCUAAAGUUGUACAAUGAGAUGCUAUGCCAAGAACCAAAUUCUCAACCAGAUAUUGUCACUUACAAUAUACUUUUUGAUGCUUUGUGCAAUCGGAGUAGUUUGUCUACUGCUAUUGAUCUUUUGAACAGAAUGUUGGACCGGGGGGUUGAUCCUGACGUUAUUACCUGCAACAUUUUCUUGAGAGCAUUGGGAGAGAAGAUAGAUCCACCUCAAGAUGGAACAGAGUUCUUAGAUGAACUCGUGGUUCGGUUAUUUAAGCGACAAAGUACCUUAGGGGCUUCCCAAAUUCUGGGAGUCAUGCUGCAAAAGUUUUUGUUGCCAAAGGCCUCUACAUGGGGAAUAGCUGUUCAGGAAUUUUGCAGACCAAAAAAAGUACAAGUAGCGAUUGAAAGGUGCCGGAACAAUGUAUAUGGAUUGGUAGGGUUGCGGAGGGAGUUGGAUGGACGAUUGAGAAGAGUGGCAAGAUAUGAAGUCCAUGCUCUGGUCAUUGCUGCAGUCGCCACCAUUCCCUCGAGCAGUAUGUUUCCUGCAAUGAUGAAUGCAGCCAAGUCUCCCAGCUCGAUUCUCAAUUCUGUGUUCUUCAGAAGCAGCAGCCAUCUUUUGCAGCUGCCUUUGGUGGGUCGUGUACGUCAGUACGUGGAUAGAGAUCUUGUAUCAUCUCCUCGGAAAACUGCAACAGAUCUCCACAAUGUUCACUCCUAGAUCACUUUUUAAUGAAGUCCCAAGUUUUCCAUCGAGUUGUUUCCUACAAUAAAAUAAUUUCUCAUGUUCAACUCUGAAUAGAGCAUCCCAUCUACAUAUGAGAAGCACAAUAGUCUGCUCUGUUGUGCAGGUUUGUUCAUAGCACUUGCAAGUUUUGCCAGCAUCGAGUAACACAAAGAAAUAGAUGUUCAGAUUCAAAUCAAAGAGGAUUGUGCCUGCCUGUGCGAGCUUUGGAAACUAAUGAUAUUGCAGGAGAGAGUAUUCCACUAUUCCUACUUUAUUAUGAGCAAUGCCAGUAUAACUGUACUCUGUCUCCAUUAGGACUAGCAUUCUAAGUUAAGCAACAAUAAUAGUUCCACAAGCUAACAAGUAACACAAUUUUUUAGGAACAAACGUGAUAAUUUAAGUGACCAAAUAUAUUAUUAGCUUAUUCUUGUA